AUGGCCGUCCACGCCCGCAUCUUCUACUACGCCCAGCGCAUAGGCGUCCAUAUCGACUUCGCCAAGUACAAAGACUGGCUGUCCAGACACCCCGACCACAAACCGCCCCAGCUUCUACCACAGGAAUACCGCUCCGCGCCAGCAGCCUCACCCUCUGAACCUCUGCUUCCCUGGCAACAGGCUGCCCCCAGGGCCGACCUGUACGUGGACCGUACGGCCGCAGCCGAGAACGCUUCUGGAAAUGAGCCGAGCUACCCGAUGGGUUUUGCCGAGAUGCUCAAGCUCUUGCAGGAGGGGAAACCUAUUCCCGGCAUCAAGCAGAUUCCCAAUACUGUUGUCAGGGAUCCCUCGGUGAAACCCAUUGGUUCUCGAGCGGCUCCCAAGAAGCCUUGGGAAAGGGGCACGACGCAUAUUACCACAGAAGUGAAUCUUCCCAAAGCUCUUGACAGAGAGUUUCCCCAGCUCGACACCGAAUCUGCCGAAGCAACUUCGGCAGCUGAUGCCGUCGCAUCUUAA